AUGAAUAAAUAUCUAUUUGACCAUAAAAUAUGGAGUACUCCUUACUACUUUUAUUGCGAAGAAGAUUGCCACCGUCUUUUUCUAAGUUUUAUUGAGGGAAGAACUUUCGAGAAGCCAACAAGCAACGCUGAGGAAAAUGUACAGGAGACUGAAGCUGGCGAAUCUUUCACAUUAAAUCCCGGAGAAGAUUUUCAAAAUUGCUUUCCAAGACAGCGGAUAUUGUAG